AUGGACCGCCCCAGCAGGCCCAGGGCGCCUGUGGUGGCCGGGCUCCCCGAUGAUCUUCUGCUGGAGGUCCUUUCCCGCGUCCCCUUCAGGUCCAUCUGCCGGUUCAAGUGCGUCUCCAGGGCCUGGCGCAACCUGAUCACCAACCCCCUCCACCGCUGUAAGCUCCCCCAGACUCUAGAGGGUUUAUUCCACGAAAUACACCACCACCGCCGCGAUCGCGACGGAGACGACGACGAAGGUGGCGGCGAUAACUUUCGUCGCCAUAUCUGCGUGGGAUUCGUCGACCUGUCGGGGACAUCAUUGCCCCUCGUGGACCCCUUGUUCUCCUUCUUCAGGAACCUGCCCGCCUCUGACUCUGAUGACGGCAUUAGGCUCAUGGACACCAGCCACGGGCUCCUCCUCCUUGACCGUGGUGGUUAUAACUUAGACUCGUCGCCUAGCUACGUCGUGUGCAACCCUGCGACGAAGCAAUGGCUGGCCGUGCCUGAACCCAACUGGACUCCAUCGCCGUGCAACGGGAUGUCUGCUUAUUUGAUUUUCAGUCCGGCUGUAUCCUUGCACUUCAGCCUGGUUCAGUUCACGAACGAGGUGCUCACCGGCGUAACCUCGGUGCAGACCUACUCGUCGAAAACUGGGGCGUGGACUCACAGUGAAAUCGCCUGGAGCGUAGAAGAAAAGCAAGCCCCGUGUGAAGGAUGGCGCUAUCAGGGCUUUAGCUUAGUACCUGAGAGGAAGAGCACCGUGAUCAACGGCAUGCUAUAUCUGAUUUGCGAUUCAGUAGGAGAGGGUCAGGUCUUAGAUGGGGAUCACAUCAUUGCCGUAGAUGUGGAAGGGAAGACAAGGAGCUUCAUGCCUGCGGCUUUUCAGAUGCGCAAAGAGGAGUGCAGUAUACUGUCUGAUUUUGUUGGUCAAUCCCAAGGGCUUCUGCAUUAUGUCAAUCAUGAGGAACCUGAAUAUUAUCAGAAUAACGAUGCCCCUUCUGAACGGUAUGCUAAUGGCCAUACAGAAGGUAGUGAGGAUGAUGAUGUGGACUAUGAACUGUCCAUCUGGGUCCUUAAGGUCGGUGAUACACAAGAAUUUGUCCUCAAACACCGUGUGAGCUUCUUGCACCUGUUUGGGGAAAAGAGUUGCCAAGCUGGAAUUGACUACAGUGUGGCUGCCAUUCAUCCUGAUCGUGAUAUAAUCAUCUUUACUCGGGAUGAUAAACUGAUAUCUUAUGAUAUGGACACUAAGGAAGUGUGUGCUCUCCUCACUGUUAGCGAUGCCUAUGGGUUCACUUCAUAUGUUCCCUGUUACUCAGAGUCACCAGCACUGACUGACAAGUAUUGA